GCUGGUGUACAGACAGACAGGUAUCACACAGGUGUGUCCGAUCAACAGGCUGCAUUGCUUCAAUUCAACCAGUGUCAUGUGACCAGGCUAGUGACGUAUGCGGAAGUUUCGGCACAUCCACGACAUGCACAGCGCGCUGAAGAAAUGUCGAUUUUUCCGAGAAUUUCUCUGAAGCCUGAAGUGACUGAAUUUCUCAGGAAUGUGUUCCUGAACAAGGAGGUGUUAGCUGCGGUCGGUCAUCAGGAGGCAGAGUCUCGUUUCCAGAAGCUGCUCACAUGCCUGUCUCACCCGCCUUCGUACACUUGCGUCCGGGCCAGCACUCAUCUAGCUCCGCUGGAAGAGAUCCAACACAAGUUAGAAGAAGAGCUGAAAAAACAGCAGAUGUGCAACUCAUCAGCAGAGGAGAUCUCCGUUCAGAUUCUUCCUCACCCGCGAAUUCCAGAUGUGCUGCUCCUUCCUGUCGAUGGCCCGAGACCUGUGAAGCAGCUCAGCUCGGAGGUGGUGGUCGGUGCUCAGUGUGGCAGCGCUGUACUGAGAGGCGCUCACGUCUUCGCCCCGGGGAUCGUCGCCAGCCCGAAGUACAUGAAGGCUGGAGAUGUGGUGUCCGUCUUCUCUGAUUUGGAGGGUAGGUGCACCCGAGGAGCCACGAGCUUCGAGGGGAAGAGGGUGUUUGUGGGAAAUGGAGUCGCUCAGAUGGAUCGCUCAAGGAUCUUCUGCACUGGGGAACCUCCCAAAGGAAUCGGUGUUCAGAUGGUGGAGCCACUUUACCAGAGUCCUUCCUUUGAUGGCGUUCUACCCAGCCUGGCAUUCCUGCAGAACCUCCCCUCUAUAGUCGUGGGCCACGUGCUCGGGCCUCGUCCUGGAGAACGGAUCUUGGAUAUGUGCGCCGCACCCGGAGGGAAGACCUGUCACAUCGCAGCACUCAUGGAGGAUCAGGGCGAGGUCGUGGCCUUGGACAGGAUUCGAAAUAAGAUCGAUCGGAUUCUUCAAAACGCCCAAACGUUGCAUUUACGCUCCAUCAAAGCCUUUUGCUUUAACAGCACUCAAGCUGUGAGCAGCGACCCGGCGCAGGAAACUGAAGGACCUCCCUUCCCGCCUGAAAGUUUCGACCGGGUUCUGCUGGACGCUCCCUGUAGCGGACUUGGGCAGAGACCCAACAUGGGCAGUACCUGGAGCCUGAAGGAGAUCUGCUCCUACCAGCCACUGCAGCGCAAGUUAUUCCACGCUGCGGUGCGAUUGUUGAAGAAAGGUGGAGUUCUUGUCUACAGCACCUGCACGGUGACUCUAGCUGAGAACGAGGAGCAGGUAGCCUGGGCCCUCGACACCUUCCCCUGCCUCACGCUUCAGCCUCAGGAGCCUCACAUCGGCGCAGGAGGCAUGCUGGGAGCCGGCCUGUCACCGGAGCAGCUUUGCCUCCUCCAGCGGUUCAGUCCUGAGCUGAGCUGGGACCAGACGGGAACAGACCGGGCAGCUCCGCUCCCCUGCAGAGCCGACAGGGACACCAUCGGCUUUUUUAUUGCCAAGUUCCUGAAAAACUGACUACAGGUCGGGAACAAUAGUGUUUAUAUUACGACACUCUGUGUGCUUUGACGGGGUGGAGAUAAAGGAGGGGGGUGAAGUGUUGACAAAGACGCUCACUGCGCUGUUUACAGCAUCUGCCUCUCAACAGCUGCUCUCUAAAACUGCGGGCCAUAUAGGGAUAAGCUUUAUAAACACAGAGGGGGAAAAAGAGAGAGAGGGAGGGAAGGCACGUGGGGAUGGAGGCUGAAUGAGUAUUGGCAAAUGCAGCAGGGCUAGCGUCGCCAUAACAACAGUGACGACACAGCUGCCAUGGUGACAGCGGAUUGGCUGGAUCUCAGGAAGUAGCAUGCAGAAAGAGGUCAUGAGAGGUAUUAAGAAUUUAGUGUCUUUUUAGCAGCGGUGGAGCUAAUUAGUACUUAACAGAGACGAUGCUGUGUGGCUCUGUCUGUGGAGGAGGUUAUAUUAAUUUCUUUGUGAUAAAAGACUUUAAAAUCUCCCUUUUGUGUCAUUUUUAUAUCAAAAAACAACACAAAUUGAUUAAACAUUGUUCUAAAAACACCUUAAAAUACUUAAUGUUCAUUUAUUCAGUGCAGAUUCGUGUGUACGGUCAAACAUCUGGCCCGUGAGGACCUUCACAACGACCUCUUCCUGGGAAUAACAUCAGAUUUUUUAUCUGGAAACACAUCACCGAUUAAAACUACUGCCCCAGUUUUGACGUUCAAACAUUAAAGAUCAACUCCGGGAGCGCUUGUUUCGUCUACUUCCUAUUUUAAGAUUCAUCCCCUCAGUAUUGUCAUUCAUGUCGAUGUUGUCAUGACGACUAAGGAGGCUAGGCCGGUGAGCCUACCUCAGUCGAGUUUUUCAGAUGGACUAUUUAUAGACCCGACAUCGCUUCCCUCCCUUUCCUCCCGUCUGGGUCUUCUUGACAAAGCACACAUCAAAUUCCUCUCCCGCCCUUCUUCGUCCGUCCUUUGUUGCCAACUUUAUUCCUUUUAUAUUUAUGCAUUACGUACAUACACAUGUACACUGUUAGAAAAUCUGUAAUGCUACCAAUGUAGCAUAGAAAUUUAGUUUUUUCUUUUCUUUUGUUUUUUUAAUAAUUACAAUUGUCAGGCAAAAACAAAGACAGUGAAGGGACAUUGGUUGGUGGUUUUGUAAACAGAGAGGCUCAAUUCAGAUUUUCAGAGUCGAUAUGUCUGAAAAUAUGACGUGAUCCAACUUUUGCAUUUCAUUUAAGCACACGGGGGCCGGCGUUGGAGGCUCUUAAACCAUCACUCUACGUUAAAUAGAUCUUUGUCAGGGGAGUGAAAUAAACAAAAUCUUUGUCUGGUAAACAUUUUGAAUCGUUUGAGUUGAUUUUUAAGUGAAGAUCUCCUAAAAUAAACAUUCUUUACACUAUGAAGUGGGAGUUAAACAACAUUCGUUAUAAAAGGGGAGACUUAAUAAAAGAUGAACCUCGAUGGAGUUUUGGUACUGUAAGUUGCUAAUGUCAUAUCAAAUCGCUUUCACUUGAAACCAACGUGAAUCAGUUAAAAGUGCAGAAUAAAGGGUGUAUCAAUGUUAUAAAAUGUUUCUGGACCCAUACAAAGAACAGUACUGCAUGUUAAAGAGAGAAAGUUACUCUAGUAAGUUGUUUGUCUUGUAAGGCAAGACCUUUUAAGGUGCACCUCGAACGAGGCAUAAAACCAAAUCAAGUCUAAAAAACUGUGGACGCAGAAUUCAAAAAAAAAAAA